ACUGGGACUUAGACGUUGUACAGGGGGUUGGAGCAGUUCAAUCUGAGGCAGGUCUUUGGUGUGUAUAGAACUCAACUCCUCACUAACUCCACAAAAAAAACCCUAUAGAAUAAUCAGAAAAGAAACAUCCUCCAAAAAUGAGCGUUGAUCACCUCUCCCAGCUCAAUACGGAUUCCCGCUUGAACGAUUCUCACAAGUCCAGCAAAAGUGAAGAGAAACACAAGCAUAAAGAGCACAAGCAUAAGGAGCACAAAUCAAAAGAUCGGGACAAGGAUCGUGAGAAAUCCAAGCACAGCUCCUCCAGUUCCAAGAAUCAUAGCAACAGUGAGCACAAAGAUUCUUCGGAAAAGAAACACAAAGAUAAGGAAAGGGAAAAAGACAAAGUAAAGCAUAAAGAUGGGAGCUCUGACAAACACAAACAUAAGGACAAGGAGAAAAGGAAGGAGGAGAAGGAUAAGAUCCAUUCUUCAAGUAGUGGUUCUGGAGAUAGAAUAAAGAAGGAGAAUGGUUUCACAAGCCCUCCUCGUAUAAAGCAAGAGCCAGACGAUGAUUAUAUCCCAUCCAUUAAGGUGGAAAACAAGCCAAUGAAGAGGCCCCGUGAAGAUGAUGAUGUUGAUUUCAAACCGAAGAAGAUCAAAUCAGAAGAUGUAAAGAAAGCCAAAAAAAGAAAAUCUGAAAUGGACAUGAAGAACAAAAAGUCAAAAGAUAAAGUGGAAAGUUCUGGACAGGGAAAGAAGAAGAAGAAAGAGGAGGAGGACAAAUGGAAAUGGUGGGAGGAAGAACGUUAUACAGAUGGUGUGAAAUGGAAAUUUCUGGAACACAAAGGACCAGUAUUUGCUCCACCCUAUGAGCCACUCCCAGAUAAUGUUCACUUCUAUUACGAUGGGAAACCUAUGAAGCUGAGCCCUCAGUGUGAAGAAGUUGCAACAUUCUUUGGUAAAAUGCUUGAUCAUGAGUACACUACAAAAGACAUCUUUAGGAAGAAUUUCUUCAAAGACUGGCGGAAGGAAAUGAAACCUGAAGAAAAGGCAGUCAUAACAGAUCUCAACAAGUGUAACUUUGAGGAAAUAAACCAAUAUUUUAAGGCCCAAUCUGAGGCUCGAAAGCAGAUGUCCAAAGAAGAGAAACAGAAAUUAAAAGAAGAAAAUGAAAAGCUUCUACAAGAGUACGGGUUUUGUAUAAUGGACAACCACAAAGAGCGGAUUGCAAACUUCAAGAUUGAACCACCGGGACUCUUCCGUGGCCGUGGUAACCACCCAAAGAUGGGCAUGCUGAAAAGAAGGAUCAGGCCACAGGACAUAAUCAUCAACUGUAGUAAGGACUCCAAGGUUCCAUCACCUCCUGCAGGCCAGAAGUGGAAGGAGGUACGACAUGACAACAAAGUGACUUGGCUAGUGUCAUGGACUGAGAACAUCCAGGGCUCCAUCAAAUACAUCAUGUUGAAUCCCAGCUCCAGAAUAAAGGGUGAGAAGGAUUGGCAAAAAUAUGAGACUGCUCGGACGUUAAAGAAGCAUGUUGACAAGAUACGUGCACAGUACAGGGAGGACUGGAAGUCAAAAGAGAUGAAGGUCCGGCAGCGUGCUGUUGCACUUUACUUUAUUGACAAGCUAGCUCUGAGAGCUGGAAAUGAGAAAGAAGAAGGUGAGACUGCAGACACUGUGGGUUGUUGCUCACUUCGAGUAGAGCACAUAAACCUGCAUGCUGAAGUUGAUGGUCAGGAAUACGUGGUUGAAUUUGACUUCCUGGGUAAAGACUCCAUCCGAUAUUACAACAAAGUGCCAGUGGAAAAAAGGGUGUUCAAGAAUCUUCAAUUAUUUAUGGAGAACAAGCAACCUGAAGAUGACCUUUUUGACCGACUCAAUACUUCAAUCCUCAAUAAGCAUCUCCAGGAACUAAUGGAUGGACUUACAGCUAAAGUAUUCCGUACCUACAAUGCUUCUAUCACCUUGCAGCAGCAAUUGAAGGAACUGACCAACCCGGAUGAAAAUGUUGCAGCAAAAAUACUUUCUUAUAAUCGUGCCAACAGAGCAGUCGCUAUCCUUUGUAACCAUCAGCGGGCACCUCCCAAAACAUUUGAAAAGUCGAUGCAAAACCUGCAAACCAAAAUUGAUGCAAAGAAAGAACAAAUUGGACUAGCCAGGAGAGAGCUGAAGGGUGCCAAAGCUGACUAUAAAGUUAGAAAAGAUGAAAAAUGUAGAAAAUCUGUGGAAAGUAAGAAGAAAGCUCUCCAGCGGCUUGAAGACCAGUUGAUGAAAUUGGAAGUUCAGGCUACUGACCGGGAAGAAAAUAAGCAGAUAGCUCUUGGGACUUCCAAACUCAAUUACCUGGAUCCUAGGAUCAGCAUCGCCUGGUGUAAGAAAUGGGGCAUCCCGAUUGAGAAGAUCUACAAUAAAACCCAACGCGAGAAGUUUGCCUGGGCCAUUGAUAUGGCUGAUGAAGACUUUGAAUUUUAACUAUUGAUGUGGCUGAAGCUGAGUGAGACCCGGCCUAAGCCACUCUGAGCUGGAGAAGAUACAUUUUUAUCUAAUGAGGAAAAAGGAAAAACUCUGUGGUUCCAUAGCUACUGUUUUAAGAGGAAGAAAAGCAAAACAAAUAUAUAUAUAUAUUCGCACUGAUUAGAUUGGUGCAUUUAUACUGUUAGAACCUUGCAAUAACUUUUUUUUAAAUUGAGAGCUGCAGUCCUGUUUUAAAAAUAAAAUCAGAGUACACCUGCUUCAAAACUGGUCACUGCUGAACCGUGGGGAAGAAUCAGGUGACUGUUCGGCCUGAACUAGAGACUGAAUGCUCACCAUCCUGUGUUUCUCUUGAAGGGGUUUUUUUGCUUUUAUCUUUUAACAUUUGUCACUGACCUCUGGUCUGAACCACCAAACUGGAAUGCGAAUCCAGGUCGAACAAAUGGUUUGGUUUGAUUUUUAACUGCGCGAAAUGAUUGUAUACAUGGAUUUAACAUGAGAAAGGUUUUAAAUUUUAACUAAAGGAUUGUUUGUAUAAAGAAUUUUUUCAUUUGAAAGGAGCAGUGGCAGAGCUGACAUCAAAUGUUUGAGGGUUGGGGUAAAAUGAGUUAAAUUCCAGAAUUGGGUUGAUUCAACCAAUUGAAGCUGAAGAGCCCUCAGCUGGCAACUGUGCCCUUCUGCGCCUAUAUUUAAGUGAUACACCCUGACUACUUUAUGGGGCCAGAGACAAUGUUGUGGAGGUUGGAGGUAGACAGUUGGGAAUUGAGGGCUCUAGGAAGCAUUGCACUUAUGACUUUUGAGCUGGUGAGUGCUGCCUUGGCUUGAUGUGAAGGCAAAACAGAUGCACAGAUCUGUAGGCCAGUCAGACGAGGAAUCCACUUUGUCCUCCACGGUUGCAUUCAGCAACACCUGGAGUGGUGGUGGCCCCUUUCCAUACCUAACUUGCUCUGCCGCUGGGAAUGUGUAUUGCAUUCUUUCCCUCACCACUGUAAAUUGAUUAUGCAUUUUGUUUUAAAUUGAUUUUGUUAUAUUUAAAUGCCUAUGCUGAAAUUUGUUUUUAAAAUUAAUUUUUAAUUGUUUGUUUUGAAUGGUACCCACUUUACUUGCAGGUAGUAAAAUGUUAUCAGGUGGGGAUUAAGGAACCCCUCCUCACUGGGCCUGCAAGAACUCCCACAAAUAAAUUUUGGAUCACUGGCCAGAAGAUUGGCUGAAAUGCAAAGACCUUUUUUUAAUUUUAAUUUUUUGUAGGGGGGGGGGGGGGGGAGGGAGUGCUCCAGUUGCUGUAUGAUGUAGUGCCUUGCAAGCCAUGUGUUUUGAAUAGUUAUGGUCUUUCAAUCUCCAGUUAUUGCUCUGCAAGUUUUUGAAUGUGAUUUCUUUUAAUGGAAUGUGGCAUGAGAGAGAUGUAUGUCAUGGCUACUAUUGGCUUGGUUCCAUUUGGUCUUUGAGCAUUUAACUGGUCAAAAGCAAUUUUAAAAUGUUAACUUUUUUCUGUUUUUAAAUUUUGAAGUUUUUAAAUGGACCAUCAAGAUUUUUUAAAGACAUUCCUUUCUUGAGGGAGGGAGGGGAAGCAAGAAUUCCCCCAAAGCACUACUUGAAAACUGUGAAACUGUACUGAUGUGUCAUGUGAUUUUCUGCACCUCCCAUGCUAGAGUAGCUAGCAGUCAAAACAAAAUGGCUGGGGUACUGGAUAUAGCUUCCAGAGCAUUUGAUAAGCAGUGACUACUUUUCCAGUCUGGUGUGUGCUUGUUUCUUGACCCUUUGGGUUUCCUUUUCUGAGACUGAGAUGAAAUCAUUUUUAGACAGAGUUAUUGGAUAGUAACUAACAUCCAGCAGCAACUUUGAGCCCAUUGGGGCCCAUGUAGUUGUAAGCUGUAGGUUUAAUUUUCUUUUAGACCUUUUGUCAAUGAGGAAGUAUCUACAGCUCAUUUUUAAUUUACUUAACAAUUGUAAUUAAUUUAAAAAGUGUGCUGUUAAAUUAGUACUUUCUUCCUCGUUGUGCAUUUUAAAGGCUCCUUGCACUCCAUCGAGUAACUAUUUGUCUCUAAAUUAUAUCUGAUCUUUGGAACCAUUUUGAGAGAAGGACAUCUUAUGAGGCCUUUUAUUGCUGUGAAUAUGUAUUUUGUUGUAUUUAUAAAAUUUAAAAAAAACAUUUCAGCUUGACUUGGGGAAACAGGAGUAGACAAGUUAACUCGAAUUUAGAGGCCCUGUCACCAAAGAGUAAGGGGACUUGAUUUAAAUGUGUCCACUGGUUUAAGUUGAAUUUUUUUUCUUUUUUAACUGUGAAUGGUUUUCCUCUUUUUUUUUUGUUUUUAUGAGACAUGCAACUUUUUAAUGCUUCAACUCAGGUUAGAGUGCGCGAGAGAGAGAGAGAGAGAAAGGGUACCAGAAUGAACUUGCCUACAAUUCCAGUAUUUGUGACUUUUUCCAUUUUUAAAAACUCUACAUCAUUUGUAGCUUAACUGGACAGCUGACCCAGUAACCGAAAUAGAAUUGAGGUCCUUUAUUUAUUUUUAUUCCACUGAAAUUUUGGCAAUGUAACCUCAAUUGGGCAGGGAGGAUUGGUCAAAGCCAGAAAGUUUAAAAUGUCUGCAAAAGGUGGUGCUUGUUCAAUUUUGAGAUCAACAGAAGCAAAAGAAAACUAACUAGCUGAUUUAUACACCUACCGUGUGUUCUGUAGAUUUCUUCCAUUUGGUCACCCAGCUCGCUCCACGCAUCUUUCUCUGGUCAGUGUUCACGGUCACUUCGUGAGCUUUCUACCGAUGUGGGUUCCUGAUGUCUGUGGUAGCAAGGUGUGGUGACACAUCCCUGAGGUAUUGGAUUAUGACAUUUUCAUAUUUCAAAAAUUUUAAACAUAUUUUUUAAAAAUGUUUCCUCUGCCCAGUUUAAGAAUACUGGUUGUUUCUAAAGCCAAGCUUUAAUUGAGCCCUUUUAUUUCUGCAGGUUUGUCAGCUUUUUAUACAGAAUUACACACGAUGGCUUUAAGGAGGUUUUGAGUUGAGAAAUUAGUUAGGGCAGAAGGGAUGCAGACAGGUCAAGCAUACAAUUAAGAUGACUGCUUUUUUACAUAACUCAUGAAUUAGGAGCAAGAGAGGUCUGCUCAGCCCCUCAAACCUGCUCUGACAUUGGAUAAGAUCAUGGCUAUCUGGACCUGAGCUCAGACCGAUCCUAGACUGAUGGGACAAAAGUUUGUUUUCAAUCUUGAGAGCCUCGUGAAGUAAACUUGGGACGGGUUGAAUCAGCUCCCUGCUGGGUAUACAGUCUCGGCUACCAAAUGACUCCUAGUUCUGCACUGAUAGCUAACCUCACUGAAAGGCCAUGAGAAUAGCUUGUGUGGAGAAAAUAAUUUAUGCGGGUGGGCAUACUGAUGAUCUUUUGGUUUUGAGGUAAAGCACAAUUAUUUUGGAGUACUGUAGAGAAAGCUGUAGUUUGCAUCUUCAUUUACGCUAUAUGUGAACUAAUGAUACUUGAAGCUGACACUGGAUCGAAGUGUUAAUUGCUCAGGACCAAGACUCUGGAUAAUCCAACAACAUUUUGAACUGUAACGCAGGAGUAGGAAUUGUGUGGGCUUUGUUAAUGUACAUCACCAUUGUCUGCACCAAUGCUUUAAAGCCAUGCAUUUGCCUAUCGAGAGAUCGUGAACAUCUUCUAAUCUGAAUUACUGCUAAACCUAAGCAGUGAAAUUGAAACUAAAUUGAACUAUAGAUGGCCUUUUCUUUGCACCCUUGUUACCCUUUUCCCUACUAUCCAGUCAUGGGGAACAAAUCCUACUGGGGCUGUAGCUCCACACAUGCAGCCUGGGUUAUGUUUGACUCGGGGGAGCAAUGAAUCUAGUUUAUUCACUAACAUAUUUUCAUUUGGGAGCAAUGGCCCAUACUGAACUCUAAAUAGUACCUAAAGCAGUGAUUGUUUAAGCCUAAAAUAUGAAUUGUCCACUUUGUAGGGGUUUGGUCAUUUUUCUUUCACUGCCUACUUGAUGUAGAUGGGAGGCAGAAACUUCUGUGUUAAAUCAACAUCAACUCCUAUCAACAGAGGCCAAGCAACUAGUUGGGACAAACUAGGUAUUGGAGCAUGUCAUAAUUAUUAGAAAACUGUUUACAAAAUUGAAUGCACCUACAAGGAAAUUGCUCUCAGCUUUACAAUGUCUGCCUGUGCUACUUUGCACCAACCUCUAGGACUCCUUACCUAAUGGCUCGACUGGAGGUAUGGAACUGUGGGUUAAUCUGCAUCAUGCUGUAUCUCAUUGACUGCCUGCUUCCAUUUUAAGCUCCUUCUGAAAACUGAUGCAAUAUUCAUUAUCAGCCCUUUUUUCUCUUUAUUCCCACUCAUGUGCCUGCCCAAAAUGUAACUCAUAAUUAUGGUAGGAAAAGGGUGGUGGUAACACAGUAUUCCUCUAAUAGGAGAUGAAAUGUUAAAAGGUCUCAGCCUAUAGAUCUGAUUGAGGGAGGGGAUGGAAAGAUGGGUUGCUGUUUUGAUCUGAUCUGUCUUAGCAGUCGUAGUUAUUGAGCCAAUCGUGAAUUAAGCUGCUUGGUUUAAGAAUGCGGGCUUUUUAAUUUACAGUUUCAACUGGAGUUCCUUUUUUUUAGUGUUUACACAGUGUACCACUGUGUUGACGACCUAUUUUGGGCGCCAAUCCUAGCACGUUCCUGUGCUUCAGCUAUCCAGUUAGGUAUUCCUGUUCCAUGUCUAUGAAUCAUUGUUGAACUGUUGUAGCACAUUUAUCAUGUACUUGUGAAACUGGCCAAUAUAUAUAUAUAUAAAUAUAUAUUAAAAGAUGCUUAUUCAGUCUGAAUUGUAAUGGAGAAAUUUUACUUUUUUUUUCCCUUUUGCCUAAAAUACUAUUUAGUAUGUGCUUUAACUGAUGGGCUAGUAUUCACAGACUGAUGUGUACCAGGUUUUCUUUUCUUUUUUUACAGAUUAUUUCUGUAAAUUUAACAUACUGCAAUGAACUGUGCUCGUUUGUAUUUUUAAAUAAACACAUGUACACUAUGAA